GGAACUCAGACUCAGUCAGCAGUUGUGCACGCGCAUUUCCAGUCAGCUCACUGCUCGAGCCGCACGGGCUGAUCUGCAGAAAGAGAGGGAAAGUUUAGUUCGGACAGGUCUUUUACAUCAGACAACAGUAUGGAAUCAGUAGGUUUUCGUUGUGUUUAAAUAUAACUUUGUAAAAGCAGGGAAGAGAAGGACUUGACGCACGCGCCUCUGGAGAACCGCAGCGUCUCGCGCAGUGAUGGAGGUUUGGGGCUUUAUGGAUUUUGCGCUUUGGAUUUCAUUUCUCACGAGCUUCACGAUGGCCAGUUACUCCGAAGACCAGUGCAGCUGGAGGGGAAGUGGUCUCUCUCAGGCGGUGAAGAACGUGGAGCAGGUUUGGUUGAGGUGUGCGGAGGGUUCGGUGGAGUGGCUUUAUCCCGCUGGGGCGCUGCGUCUCACACUCUCUCCCCGUCUGCCGUGGAGCGCCAUGGUCCCGGGAGAGUCCAGCAGGAGCCCGGUGUCGGCCUGCGUCAAGCCGGACCAGCACUGGGGUGGAGCUCAGCUUUACCUGGAGAGAGACGGGGUCCUGGAGCUUCUGGUGGGAGACGACACAUCCGAGACGCCCGGCCCGGUCCAGGUGCGCUGCUUCAGUGCCAUGCCUGGAGAACGAACAGCCCUGUUCCUGCAAGCAACGCCUCACCAAGACAUCAGCAGACGCAUCGCGGCGUUUCGCUACGAGCUGAGAGGGGAUUGGAUGGCUCAGCCGUCAGUCAACACGGAUCCGAUCGGCAGUGAAGGAGCCUGCAGGCCGUGCAAUAACACCGAGAUUCUGAUGGCUGUGUGCACUAGUGACUUUGUGGUCCGAGGGAACAUCCGUUCAGUGGAGACGGACUCGAACUUGAAAGCGGCAGUGAUCAAAGUGAGCGCAACACGAGUUUACCGGCAAAAGUUCUCCUUGUUCCCCGAGUCGGGGCGUCUGACGCGGUCCGGGGAGAUCCGUACACCUCUUCAGUGUGGCGUCCGUCCCGGCGCGGGGAGCUUUCUCUUCACCGGCCGCGUGCACUUCGGGGAGGCCUGGCUCGGCUGUGCUCCACGCUAUAAAGACUUCCUGAAGGCGUACGAACAGGCCAAACAAUCCCUGAUGAUCCCCUGCACUCUGGUGAACGACUGACGGGAGAAGAACGAGCGCGUGCCGGCCAAUCGGGACGGACCCUUGAUUCCGGUUCGCAGGGUCUGAGAUGAAACUCCUGAACGCAAGAAUGAAACAAGUUUAGGAGAAUGGAGAACAAGACACUGAGACAGAAACAACCAAAAGGAAAUCUCAGUGCCGAUCACUGGAUCAAGAUGGAUAUCGGAAUAAGGACAUUCGGGGUGACCGUGUGUCGACGUCUAUCUGAAACCACUGGUUUAACCCUAAUUUCGGGGGCCUCUUUUUUUAAACUCAGGAAAUUGUGUCUUUGGACACUUUGAUGUGAAUGUCAUAUCAUUGAAAUAUCCAAAGUCCUCAUGAUGUUGGGGACACACUCUGUUUCCCAUCAUGUGGGUUGAGUUGGUAAAUAAGCUGAACGCAAUGCAUGUAGCGCAGUCGUCUUUCGCAGUAUUUGACGCCACAGAAAAAAACCUAUUGAUUUGUCAUCCUUUAUAUGAAAAAGUUUUGUAUUGAGAGUAUAUAUUUUUUCCGCAUACGUUUUUUUUUUUUUUUUUU